ACAGCAUUAGGGAAUGUCUGAUUAAUUUUGAACUACUUUUCUUUAAUAGAAAAUUGACAUGAAGAGAAAGUAGCUAACAAUAUUUCCACGUUAAUGUACCGUCUAGAUCGUACCUUCCAAAUUUUCUAAAGAUUACAACAUGACAGACCCUAAAAAUUCUUUGAAUGAAGGAAACAUUGGAAAUGGUGUACAAAUGCUCAAGAAAAAAGAGUCUACAAUAAACACCCUGAAACUCCUAUGUAAGGACAACGCAGAGUACUUCGCGACAGAUAGUACAGAAAAUGGACAAAGAUUGUAUAUCUCAUUUUUGGCAAUGAUCGAUUCUGUGACUCAGAUGUGGCCUAAAGUAGAAGACUUAGAGGAGAAUGUUGCACGCUAUGAUUUUGAUGAAAGAACCCCUGCUAAUGGCUAUCGAAGUUUUUUACUUGUUUCUGAUUUAGCUGUUCAGUUGGCAGUUGAUUUGAAUGAAAAAGUCCUUCAGAAACGGGAUAGUGUGUUAUUCCGAAAGUCUGUUUUAACUAAAGAUGUGGAGUCCUGCUCACAUUUAAUUGUAAGUCUCGACAGUUGUCUAGGGCAUCUGAAAACAAUGUUGUCUUGGAGUGAAGACAAUAAUUUAUUCAUAAAAGAUGAUUUUUCAAUUGAAGAGUUGAUUAUGCAGUUUGGACAAGUAAAUCAACACUGUUUCUAUGGAAGAAACCUCGGAUUUCAGUUCUGCGACUCUAUAAGAAAUGUAUUAAAAAUCAUCACAACUUGUAUGACUCUAUUCUCUGAAGUUUAUUAUAAUGAAGGAUCCCUGAUAUCCAGAGCAACAACCUCUGUUAUGUCCAUGAAGUACAUCACAGAUCCGGAACAGCGUGCGAGAAGGAUCGUAAAUAUUUCCCAAAAUGCAGAAGUUGAUUUUUGCAAAGCUUUCUGGUUCAUGUCGGAGACAGAACUGGUCAACCAGCUACCGUCGAUUGUCUCGCCAAGCGUAGCCAUCUCAAAGCUAAUUCACUUGCCUCCCGAACCUUUGUUUGUAACUACGGCUGAUGGUAGAGAAAUUGAGAUACCUGUGCCUUCUUCAUAUCUAGGUAAGAAACCACUGCAGCUACGUCUUAUCAGCCACAAGUUGCGGUCAGGAAUGAUAGGAACGAAAAACAACACCAAAGUGGAGCCGGCUUGUAAAGGGCUGCUAUUCCACUGUCACGGAGGAGGGUUUGUGGCACAAUCAUCCAAAUCCCACGAAGGAUAUCUGAGGGAUUGGGCGAAAGAUCUUGAUAUUCCCAUACUGUGCGUCGAUUAUAGCCUCGCGCCAGAAGCACCAUAUCCCAGAGCUCUGGAGGAGGUUCUUUAUGCUUAUUGUUGGGCAAGAAAAAAUUUCAGACUGCUUGGUAGUACAGGUGAAAUAAUCGUAGGGGCUGGUGAUUCGGCAGGAGCUAAUUUACUAUUGAGCAGCACCUUGAAAUGCAUCAACAUGAACAUUCCAACAUUGAAGGGGCUGUUUGUUGCUUAUGCACCUACCCUUGUCCACUACACUCCGUCACCUGCUCGGCUGUUAUGUUUGAUGGAUCCCAUGAUACCGUUUGGAUUUUUGAUGAGGUGUCUGAAAGCCUAUGCAUGCCCUGACGAAAAUCUGAAAAAGAAACGGGUUCGUUCCGACAGUAACUCUGACACCGAGAGCUUUGAGGAAAUCUCCGAAUCGGAUCUGAUGGAGUUACAAGCACAUAAAUCUCCUGUUUCCGAUACUUCAGACACAUUGACGUAUGGUUCUCUGAUGUCAAAUGAUGGAGCAGAAGAAAAUACCAAAGCGGUGAAUCUAAACGAUUCCGACAUAGAGGAAGGUCAGAAAUAUAUGUCAGACCUGCUGGAGAAAUAUGUCUUAGACUCAGAUACGGAAACUGAUGGUACUAAAAUAUCUCUUGUAACUCAAGAAACUGCAUCAUCUUCAAAUACAGCUGAUAACUCAAUCCAGAAAAAGGUUACAUCAUUUUUGUAUAAUCUGAAAGGGCAGUUCACCGAAUAUUUAGGAAGCAGAACUAUGUCACCAGCUGAAAAGUUACUAGAUUUGGAUAUCGACCCUCAAACUAACUUGAUCAAUAAAUUCGCUUUUAAUGUACCGAAGGAUCCGUAUUUAAGUCCCCUUUAUGCUGAAGAUGAUGAUCUACGGUUGCUCCCCCCAACGCAUAUUUUGAGUACUCAUUUUGAUCCCUGUUUGGAUGAUUGCGUAAUGUUCUCAAAGAGGCUGAAAAAUCUCGGGAAUAAUGUAAAAUUAGACGUGCUAGAAUCUUUACCGCAUGGAUUUCUCAACUUUUCUUUGUUCUCAAGAGAGGCCUAUGAGGGAUCCAAAGUUUGUAUCCAACGUAUACAAGAAUUGUUGAGGGAAGAACAAUAAUGAUGAUAACUUUUACGGAAAUACUCAUCGAUAUUAUUUUUGAAAAAUUCAAUAAACGUUUUUGUGAAUAAGUAUUAUGAAAAUUCUAUUGUAAGGUGAAUUGUAUAUUGGCCUAUUAAGGAAUUUUUCUAGACUAGAGAAUGAAACAAUUAUUUUUAUACAGUACUUACAUUAUAGUGAUGAUUUGUUGGUUAAUGUGCUAAGCGUAAUUUUUGUAACGAAGU